AUGGACAAACACAAUCUAACAGUGCUGAAUGAAUUCAUUCUGACGGGAAUCACAGACCGCCCAGAGCUGCAGGCUCCAUUGUUCGCGCUGUUCCUUAUCAUCUACAUGAUCUCAAUGGUGGGCAACUUGGGCAUCAUCAUCCUCACCAAGAUAGACUCUACUCUACAAACACCCAUGUACUUUUUUCUCAGAUACAUGGCUGUCACUGAUCUUGGUUAUUCAACAACUGAGGGACCUAAAAUGCUAGUCUAUUUUUUUGUGGAUGAAAAUACAAUCUCCUAUUAUUUUUGUGCUACACGGCUAGCUUUCUUUGUCUUGUUCAUAAAUAGUGAACUAUUUAUUCUGUCAGCAAUGUCCUACGAUCACUAUGUGGCCAUCUGUAACCUUCUUCUCUACACAGUCAUCAUGUCACAAAGGUUGUGCCUGGUGCUGGUGGCAAUCCUCUAUAUUUAUUGCAUGUUUGUUUCACUUCUCAUCACCAUAAAGAUUUUUAACUUAUCCUUCUGUGGCUACAACCUAGCUUCCUCUCUCUUAUUCAGCAUUAGUAAACUAUUCAUUCUGUCAGCAAUGUCUUUUGAUCACUAUGUGGCCAUCUGUAACCCUCUGAUCUACACAGUCAUCAUGUCACAAAGGGUGUUACUGGUGCUGAUGGCAAUCCUCUAUCUUUAUAGUGCAUUUAUUUCUCUUCUUGCCACCAUAAAGAUUUUUAAUUUAUCCUUCUGUGGCUACAAUGUCAUCAGCCUUUUCUACUGUGACUGUCCUCCCUUAGUGUCUCUGCUCUGCUCAAAUGCACUUGAAAUUGAAUUGAUCAUUCUCAUCUCAGCAGCUAUUGAUUUGAAUUCAUGCCUUCUAAUAGUUCUUGUUUCUUGUCUGCUCAUUUUUGUAGCCAUUGUCAAGAUGAACUCAGCUGAGGACAGGCACAAGGCCUUCUCCACCUGCGGAUCCUACCUGACUGCGGUGGUCUUGUUCUAUGGGACUUUAAGCGUUACACAGGUACAACACAAGUCUAGUCAUUCCUUUGAAACUGAUAAAGAAGCUUCCACGUUUUACACCCUGGUUAUUCCACUGUUGAAUCCCUUGAAAUAUAGCUUGGGGAACAAACAUGUAAAAUAUGCCGUAUAUAUAGGACAUGGAAAAAGCACAGUUUACCCCAUCAUAUGGUUCCUAUAA